AUGUCUCGCACAUAUGAUCAUGGAAAUCCGCGUAGUCUAAGUCCCAUGGUGGGAGAAGAUCAGCCGCAUCGAGGCUCAGGACCUGUCUACAUCGAUCCAUAUGACUCUAUUCCUGAUGUUCAAUCUCAAUAUCCGCAUGCUUCGAGUGAAACUAGAUACGGUACGCAACAUGGCACUCGAUCUAUACGUGCGCAGCAGGGAUACGGAAUAGAUCCACCAUAUCAUCCUUCCCAAAAUUCUGGGUAUGGUUUCGCACCCUCAUCCUCCCGACAUACAACACCAGCGUACCAUCCUCAACCUGUAAACAUUGGCGUCCAUGUGAGAACGACUCGAUAUACGAAUUCUGGUGCGACGCAUUCGCUUCCACACCAUCCUACCACGAUUGAUGCAACACGCAUUCCACCUCCCUCCGCUAAGAUGCUGUCAUAUUACUACUUCCAAUUUUAUUGUAAUAAUGAAAGGGAUGCAGUUUACAGUCUCAAUGCGCAUCUGAAGCCGGAUCAAAAUUAUCCAAAAAACAUCAUUUUUGCCAGAACAGACAGACCCAGUGCAGGUGCAAGCGCGAGGUACAAUCAAGCGACUCAUAGGCGUGCGGAAUAUUAUGAGAGAAGGACAAGAUAA